AUGGCUCCACGAAAGAGUAAAUUACAACAAGACCAUACGAAAGUAGAGGAGGAAGUGGAACAUGAUGCUGGCAAGGUAAAAAUGGAGUACUUUUGGUAUUCAUUGGAACUGGGACUUCCACUUCCACCUAACAACCCACCUACCACCAUCACCACCAAUACCAUAAAGGGGGAUGUUACUUGUACAGACGGUAAGUUACAGGAAAGCUUAAAGGAUGUAAUAGAUAAGUGGCAUAAUGACAAGGGAAGGGCAGAAAAAGACUGGAAAAAAGUAUGGGAAGAAAUCGAGAAUAGGAUCAAUCCACUCUCUAAAGACAUAUCUACCUAUAAAUCAAAUAUGGGCACUUAUUGUAGUGCCCCUAAGGGAAAAGACAGCACAUGGACAGAAGCAGAUAGUAAUGCUUGUAUGAUUAUUACUGCAGGACUAAAGCAUAUCUACCAAAUUAAAGAGGAUGAAAAUCAUGAUAAGGGAGGUAAAGAUGGUAAGAAGAAUAAUAGAACAUUUAAACAGACUGCAGCCUGCCUCAUAUUAAAUGAACUCAUAAGGAAAAUGAAGGACAAGACUAAUUCUUGUACCCAGAAGAUAAGCAUACAGGCAGGCAUAAACCAUGCCUUCAGUAAAAGUGCAGAAAUUAAGAAAGAAACUCCGUGCAAUGGUGAUUCUGACUGUUUUGAGUGCACACAGCAGGAUUAUUCAUCCUGUAAAAUGGGCAAUGAACAAGUGAGGGAGAAGUUAAAGGAGAAAUUCGAUAAGGACAAACAAAUACAGAAAGCACUGGGAGAUAUAUACCCACCUUCCAUCCCCUCCAGCUCCAAAACAGGUAAUACAAAAACCAAAACAACAAAAAAAAAACAAAAAAAAAAAAAAAAAAAAAAGGACCCCGAAAGAGAAGGAGAAGGAAAAGUGAAGGAACAACCUUCCUUCCACCAACCGCCACCCAACUAA